AUGAAUGAUGAUUUUGCUUAUAGCUUUUGGAGAAAUGCGGACAUUGGUUUCUCUUUUUCUAAUUCGGUAGGAAGAUCGGGUGGUUUGAUUACUUUAUGGAAGAAAAACAACAUGGAGGUCUUGCAUAGCUUUAAAGGGGAAGGAUUCUUAGGUAUUAAAGUGUGUUGGAAGGAGGACUUAUAUUACGUUGUGAAUGUGUAUUCUUCUUGCGAUCUUUCUAAGAAGAAGGUGAUGUGGGACGAAAUUCUUAAUUUGAAGGAGGCUUUUAGGGACGGGGAAUGGAUAAUUGGAGGAGAUUUCAAUGCUAUCAAGAAUGUUAGAGAAAGAAAAGGGAGGGCGGGAGUGGUAAAUAAGAAAGAGGCAGAACUUUUUGCGGAUUUUAUUCAUAAGAGUGCUUUGGUGGAUAUUCCGUGUAAAGGGAAAAAAUAUACGUGGUUUAGCAGAGAUGGCAAGUCUAUGAGUAGGAUUGAUCGUUUCCUAUUAUCUCACAAAGUUGUGAAUAAAUGGGAAGUUAUUGGUCAAAUGAUCGGCGAUAGGGAUAUUUUGGACCAUUGUCCCAUUUGGAUUUUGACGGAUAAAUACAAUUGGGGGCCGAAACCUUUCAAGUUCAAUAAUGAAUGGUUUUUGUUUGAUUCUUUCAUACCGUUUGUUGAGAAGGAGUGGAAGAGCUUGAAGGUGGAAGGAAGAGGGGACUUUGUUUUGAAAGAAAAACUUAGACUUUUAAAAGACAAACUCAAAAGGUGGAAUAAGGAUGUUUUCGGAAACAUUGACUUGGAUAUAGAGGAAGGUGUCAACGACAUUAAUCUUGCCGAUAAAAGGUUAGAUUCUAUUCCUUUUGCUAAUUCAUCUUUUGAGGAAAACUUGCUUUUUGAAAAGAGGCGACGUGUGGUUUUUGGCGGAAUUUGA